AUGCCUUUACGUGGUUCAGUGAAUUGUUUGAAUUUAUUUUUUAUUGUUCUUCUUACAUUUCUAAAACAUACUCACUCCACAAAGACAAUCGGAAAACAGCAAGAGUACUUCCAUGCAGUCAAAAAAUCUGUCAGUGAGGUCAAUAACCUUCACUCCAAAUUCAAACGUCCUGAUUGGGCCACUAAUAUUCUCAGGCAAGAUGAAGAAGAAUAUCUAUUGGACGCUGGAGAAGAAUUGGGUUUCGAUCUAAAUGAUGAAGAGAGAAAAAAGUUUAAACUAUGGGUUGAUGGCGUCAUACCUUACUAUAUUGAUGUUGUUUCUUAUGACGACAAGGUUAUUCGUGAUCGAAUCCGUUCUUUCCUGUACGAGGUCAACGCUGCAACGAAAAUAAGCUUCGUGGAACUGCCGAGUCCUCCAACUGAUCUGAACACUCGAUGGGUAUUCUUCAUCAACCGUCGAGGCCAACUGGGCUGUUCUGACCAUUCCAUACAGAACUUAACUAUCCAAGGAGUUCAGCCAGUGGUUUUGGGUUACGAUUGCUUAGCAACGGGCAAUGAACUGGCAGAGGCAGUGUUGGCGAUUGCUGGAGUACCACCACAACACAAUUCGCCCGACCGAGACCUCGUCAUUAAGGUUAAUUAUGAAAAUAUUAUACCAGAGAAAAAAUAUUUAUUCGAAAAGCUGAAAGACAAUGAAUGGUUGUUCCACGAUCUGAAAUAUGAUGCACGCAGCGCUGGUCAUUUUAGUUUUCACAAACAUUCAAGUAACGGACGUCUGACAAUGGAAAUUGUGGAUCCGCAGUAUUUGUCAUACAGUAAUACCAACGAAGGGAGUAACAAAUUAAGCAUCCUCGACAUUCUAAAACUAAGAAUGCUCUACAACUUUAGUGUAAGGCAAAAGUCUAGCAGAGGAUCAGGGUGUGACAAGCUUUUCCAGAAUUAUAACAACGAAGCCCCAAGUAUGGGUGUUGCGUAUAAAUCAAGACCUAAGCCAAAUCGUUACCUUGGGCAACCUGAUGACCAGACUCCUGAACCAGAUGCUGACCAAAAUGAUGAUGAGAUCAUAGGAGAAGAAGAAAUUGACGGUGAAAAUGAAAAUGAUGACCCAGAUGAUGGCGAGGAUGAAAGCAAGCCCAAAAAAGACUCAGAAAAAUCAACUAAACAUAUAUUUAGAGCACAGCACAAAAUAAAUUCUAAAGUGGGCCCACACCAACAUAAAAAAAUCUUGUAA